AUGCACGUAAAGUUGCAUUUCUUCGUCCAGACAUUCACGCUAGUAUUUUUCCCCAUCGCUAUUUGGCUCCUUCUCAAAGUUCUGGCCCUGACAGCGAUCAACGAAUGGCUUCUCAGAGGGUUGCAGACGGUUGCUUGUAUGCCUCCUCCUGUUUCCUCUGCUGUCAUCCUCACUAAAUCUGUAGGAGGAAAUGAGAGUCCCAUUUCUCUGUCCUGUCCACAGGGGAUUGUGUUCACUCCUCUUCUGCUGCUGGUGUUUCUGGGCUCCUCGUCUUCUGUCCCGUUCUCCUCCAUCUUCUCGCAGCUCUUCAUGACGGUGGUUGUCCCACUCAUAGUCGGACAGGUGUGUAGGAGGUUUCUGAGAAGAGAAGUGUCUGACCGCCGGAAGCCUCCGUUCGGGGACGUGAGCAGGGAGCACGUUCUGCUCAUGAUCAUCUACACCACCUUCUGCGACACGUUCUCCAACCCCAACAUAGAGCUGGACCAUCUGAGCCUGCUCAUUGUUAUCUUCAUCAUAUUUUCCAUUCAGCUGAGCUUCAUGGCCCUGAUAUUUUUCUUGUCUACAAGGAAAUCCUCUGGUUUCACUGCAGCUGAUCGGUUGCCAUCAUGUUUUGUGCGACUCAUAAAUCCCCUCACUUUAGGGUAA